UAAAUCUAGUUUCCAUUCAGCUACAGUGUGAUUCGAGACCCGGGAAAAGUUACGCCUGAACAUUGUGGCACAUUGUGGCAAAAAAAAACAAAGAAAAAAAGAUUACAACAGGCAAGUUUGAAAAGAAGAGAACUCUGCUUAGAUAUUUGCCCCCAAGGGUAUAAAGGCAUGCAUAGGUUGAGGUAAGUAGUGUGACACUUCGAGGCACCUUGGCAAGCAGUGAGAGAGGACCAAUCAAUCUCAACUCUUCCCCGUUCACCGAACGACAACCCCUGCAACAGGUUAGAAGAUAAUCAAAAUAACAAUAAUUGACGAAGUUAACUGCAACAGUAAUGCCAUCCAACAAGUAUUCUUCAGCCAUCAUGGUUGAGAGUGACAAGAUGACGGCAACAGCUGAGGUGAACGGGGACAUUCCUGCAGCCGAGGGACCAUCAGAGAACGACAGUGGCGCAGAGAUGACCAAUGAGAACAGCCCGCUUACCGCUGCUGAGCCGCCCUCCCCCUUCAGCCCCAAGCAGAACGGAGACGCUGCCUCACCUGCAGACUCAGAUGCUAACCAGUUGUCUGGGAGCAGGAAGAGAACCAGGAAGAGGUCCUCUGAGGAGGAGGAGUGCAGCUGGGACUCCUCCUAUAGUGAGCAGAAGGCCAAGGUAGCAGGAGUGGGGGGCUCGGAGUCUGGCUCGGGUCUGAGACAGAGACCCUCUCCCAGGACCAUCUUCCAGGCCGGUCUGCUGGCCCCUCACAGCAAACCACGCAGCCGCGAGCAGAGAAGGGGAGGACGCCAGAACAAGCUGGAGCACCACAGCAGUCCUCUGAGCCUGGCCUGCAGUGUUGGCCCUGGGCCCCUGGUGUCCGUGGUCCCUGAGAGCCCCUCCCUGGAGCUCCUGGAGCAGGACUCUAAGGAUUCGGCCCAGAGCACCUCCACCUCUUCCACCUCCCUGACCUCCCACACCACAGAGCCUGCCUGCCAGCCAGAGUACAAGGACAACAAGGGUUUUGGCAUUGGAGAGCUGGUGUGGGGGAAGAUCAAGGGGUUCUCCUGGUGGCCAGGCAUCGUGGUCACCUGGCGCGCCACGGGCAAACGACAAGCCACUCAUGGCAUGAGGUGGCUGCAGUGGUUCGGUGAUGGCAAGUUCUCUGAGGUUUCAGCUGACAAGCUGGACUCCAUCACUGCUUUCCCCAAGUUCUUCAACCAGGCCUCCUACGCCAAGCUGGCAUCCUACCGCAGGGCCAUCUUCCAGGCACUGGAGAUGGCCAGUCUGCGUGCUGAGAAGCCAUUCCCUCCGUGUGAGUCAGAGGGGCCAGAGGACCAGGUCAAGCCCAUGCUGGACUGGGCCAACGGGGGCUUCCUGCCUAAGGGCCAGGAGGGACUCAAACCCACAGAGAACCCUGACAGCAACCCGUUAAACCACAAAGUGUUGGACGUCAGUCUGCUAGAGUAUUUCCCCACAGCCAAGAGGCCCCGCAUCAGUCUUUGUAAGGCCAAGAGCAGCCCUGAGGAGGUCUACAGUAGAGAACAAAUGGUGCAUGAAGUUUUGAAGAAUAACAGAAGUAUAGAAGAGUUUUGCCUCUCAUGUGGGAAAACACGAGCGGCAACCUUCCACCCACUUUUUGAAGGAGGCCUUUGCCAAGCAUGCAAGGACGUGUAUCUUGAGAUCUCCUACAUGUAUGAUGACGAUGGCUACCAAUCGUACUGUACCGUGUGCUGCGGGGGGCGCGAGGUGCUACUGUGUGGGAACGCCAACUGCUGCAGGUGUUUCUGUGUAGAAUGUCUGGACAUUCUGGUGGGCGCGGGGGCGUCGAACAGUGCCCGUAACCUGGACCCGUGGCGCUGCUACAUGUGCCAGCCCCUGCAGCCCUACGGUGUGCUCAAACAACGCCACGAUUGGAGCAUGAAGCUGCAGGAGUUCUUUAUCAAUGACAACGGCCAGGAGUUUGAAAGCCCAAAGAUCUACCGGGCUGUCCCUGCAGAACAGAGGCACCCCAUCCGCGUGCUGUCAUUGUUUGAUGGCAUCGCCACUGGCUACUUAGUGCUACGAGACCUCGGAUUCAAAGUGGACCAUUAUAUUGCAUCAGAGGUGUGUGAGGAUUCCAUAUCGGUGGGGGUCGUCCGACAUGAAGGAAGAAUCCAGUACGUUCACGACGUGCGCAACAUCACCAGAAAGAAUAUAGAAGAGUGGGGCCCAUUUGACCUGGUGAUAGGAGGAAGCCCCUGUAACGACCUAUCUAUUGUCAACCCCGCCAGGAAGGGACUGUACGAGGGCACAGGGAGGUUGUUCUUUGAGUUCUACCGCCUGCUGAGUGAGGCCAAGCCCAAGGAGGGCGAGGACCGCCCAUUCUUCUGGAUGUUCGAGAACGUGGUCGCCAUGGGCGUCAACGACAAGAGGGACAUCUCCCGUUUCCUCGAGUGCAAUCCAGUGAUGAUCGAUGCCAUUGAGGUGUCUGCGGCUCACAGGGCUAGGUACUUCUGGGGCAACCUACCAGGGAUGAACAGGCCUCGGUGUGCAUCUGGGAUGGACAAGCUAGAGCUACAGGACUGUCUGGAACAUGGCCGUGUGGCUAAGUUUGGAAAGGUGCGCACCAUCACCACACGCGCCAACUCCAUCAAGCAGGGAAAAGACCAGCACUUCCCUGUCAUGAUGAAUGGCAAAGAGGACAUCCUGUGGUGCACCGAGCUGGAGAGGAUCUUUGGCUUCCCGGUCCACUACACAGAUGUGUCCAACAUGGGCCGCGGUGCCAGGCAGAAGCUUCUGGGCAGGUCCUGGAGCGUGCCUGUCAUCAGACACCUGUUUGCCCCUCUGAAGGACUACUUUGCAUGUGAAUAGUGCCCUCCCUAACUAACCUCUCUGUAGUUCCACACCUCCCUCUACUGCUAACCCAUGAGGAGGAUCUGCAAAUCAAAUCAAAUGUAUUUAUAAAGCUGAUGUCACAAAAUGCUGUACAGAAACCCAGCCUAAAACCCCAAACAGCAAGCAAUGCAGGUGUAGAUCUGCACCCUUUGGCCUCCUCCAAUCAUGAGGCUGAGGAGUAGGACACAAGAUCGUGCGGGUACACAUGGUGACUACGCUCUCACCCCUCUCCGUUCAGCCAUGGUGUUUUCUUCCAUCACUCUAAAAAUACCCUACACAAAAAAAUCUAAGGAGCCAGACAUGCUUUCACUGAGCGAAACUAGCACUGCCAUAAGGGGACCAUUUGAGGGUCUUACUUUUAUAGCCUUCCUUUUAACAAAAGGCUGGUCUGAGAGUGACAUGGAAAGUACCACUGAUUGUCUAACUUGGCAUUGGCACUUCUGAUUGACAAUCUUGUUAUCCCCUGGUAGGCAAAAGCCAAAGUGUUAUUUUAGGGUUUUAAGGUUUUGUACACUGCUCUUACUUUUUAACAAAUUACUUCCCCUCAUGUUGUCUUUGAGUGGAUUUGUUGUGUUCACAAAGUCAGACAUAUUUUUAUGCCACACUGAUUUUCUAAAACUAGAGAAAGUUUUAUAUAAGAAUUUAUAUAGAUCUCUUUAUCAAUGAGUAGACAUUUUUGUUUCAUUUUCAUGAUGUCAACAUUGGGAAAUGUACAUGUUCUUCUCCCAAAUGCCAAUGUGACGUAAUACUUGAAACAAUUCAAUACAAAAAUGUCCAAUCGAGCUGAGAGACAGAAUGAAGAAGGCUCCGUUCUCAGCCAUGCCAAAAUAUAUUAAAAAAUGUACUGUAAAAUCAAUACAAAGACGUAACGACAUCUCAAUAUUGGACAUUUUGACAUUUGUCAUGUGCUACUGUUCUAAAGUAUCCAUAUUCUUUAACUGGAAGUUAGUUUUCGCUUUCACCAAAUGUAAGUGAGAGUUACCUCAUCAUCCAGGGCAUCUGAAAACCCAUCUUGGCUAUCUGUACAAGAAUGUUUUAUAGAAAUGAUAUACUUCAUUUUUAUACUGUAUAUAUGAAAAUGUUUACAAGAUUUAAAAAAUAUUUGAUUGAACUUUGGGAGUUUCAUUGUCCUAAUGUCAUUUUAAAUUUAUAUUUUUAAAUCUGUACAUUUCAGUGGUUGAUAAAUCCCAGUAUGGUGCAUAGAUAUCCUUCACCAUUGUUAAAGUGCUCUGGACUUCAGAUUGAAGUACAAUAUACGCUUAUUUUGUCUACUCAUUUUGGCUACUUUUGUAGCCCUUUUUUGUUUGGAGAGUUUGCUGUGCAGUUUUAAAAUACUGGACUUUUUUUUUUACUGAUUUUACAGCAUAUGUUCACAGUGGAGACCUGCCAGUUAUUUGUUUUUUACUGAGUACUACUCAGUACUACUCACUCGUUCGUGGUGCCUUUUAGCAGUCUGUUCAAAGAGCUUACUUUAGUAAAACACUCACUAUAUGUCAUAACCAGCAUUUGCUUUACUUCAAAGGUAAUUUUUUACUAAGAUAUCAAAAUACAUAAGAUGUUUACACGCUUUAUUAAUAGCACUGUAUCCUUUUGAUUUUGAAUAUUCAAAAUGUUUUUCAAUUAUUUUUAUGGCUUUUUAUGACUACACCUUCAAAAAUGUUUGUUUUAUAUGCUCAGAUCGUCUGCUUACUUGCAACAAAAUCUGAAGUAGUAGCACAAUAUAUACAGUGCCUUCAGAAAGUAUUCAUACUCCUUGAUUUAUUCCACAUAUUGUUGUUACAACCUGAAUUCAAAACAGAUUAAAUAAAUAAAAAUCUUACCCAUCUACACAUAAUACCCCAUAAUGACAAAAGGGAAAACAUGUUUUUAGACAUUUUUGCACAUUUAUUGAAAAUGUAAUAUACCCAUUUACAUAAGUAUUCACACCCCUGAGUCAAUACUUUGUAGAAGCACCUUUGGCAGCGAUUACAGUAAAUAUUUCUGGGUAAGUCUCUAAGAGCUUUCCACAUCUAGAUUGUGCAACAUUUGCUCAUUAUUAUUUUCAAAAUUCUUCAAGCUCUGUCAAAUUGGUUGUUGAUCAUUGCAAGACAACCAUUUUCAGGGUCUUGUCAUAUAUUUCCAAGUAAAUUUAUGUCAAACUGUAACUCGGCCACUCAGGAAUAUUUGUUGUUUUCUUGUCAAGUAACAAGUGUAGAUUUGGUCUUGUGUUUUAGGUUAUUGUCCUGCUGAUAGUUGGAGAGCAGACUGAACCAGAUUUUGCCUGUGCUGAUCUCCAUUCCGUUUCUUUUUUAUCCUGAAAAACUCCCCAGUCCUUAACGAUGACAAGCAUACCCAUAAGAUGAUGCAGCCACCACUAUGCUUGGAAAUAUAGAGAGUGGUACUCAGUAAUGUGUUGUAUUGGAUUUGUAUUCAGGACAAAAAUGUAUUGCUUUGCUACAUUUUUUGCAGUCUUACUUUAGUGCCUUGUUGCAAACAGGAUGCAUGUUUUGGAAUAUUGUUAUUCUGUACAGGUUUCCUUCGUUUCACGCUGUCAAUUAGGUAAGUAUUAUGGAGUAACUACGAUGUUGUUGAUCCAUCCUCAGUUUUCCUUCCUCUGCGGCAACUGAGUUAGGAAGAAUGCCUGUAUCUUUGUAGUGACUGGGUGUAUUGAUACACCAUCCAGGUGUAAUUAAUAACUUCACCAUGCUCAAAGGGAUAUUUAAUGUCCCUUUUGUAAGCACAUUUUUAUUCCUGAACUUAUUUUGGCUUGCCCAAGCAAAGGGGUUGAAUACUUAAUGAGUCAAGAGAUUUCAGAUUUUUAAUUAAUUAAAAACAUAAUACCACAUUGACAUUAUGGGGUACUGUGUGUAGGCCAGUGGCAAAAUGUGUAAAAAGUCAAGGGGUGUGAAUACUUACUGAAGGCACUGUAUAAGGCUUGUUUGAGAUGUAUUAUUUUAUCAAUCAUUUUAGAACAUGAUUAAUCAAUAGGCUUUUUUGUAUGUUAGAUUUGCAACAUCUUUUUAUAUAUUUAUAUUUUGUGAAAAAUAUUUUCUCCAAUAAUACUGUACUUCCAUUUUGCAUUCAAAUGUUUUUAAACUAAACGUGUUGUUUGAAGAGGGAGUUAUUCAAAAAGACCUGUGUCCUGUUUUUGUACUUGUGUACUGUUUGGAAAGGCAGCAAGAAAGUAUUUCUUUGUACUCGAUAUAUGUUACUUCUAUUCAAUAAAAACGGCUUUGAUGUUCUUUA